ACUUUCAAUAGAGAUACAUAUAAAUAGCAUAAUAUUGCUAGAAAGAAGACAUCAAUUUUCAAGAUUAGCCAAACGAUCAAUUAAUAUUGAAGUGUUGUUCAUCCUAAUUAUAACAUUUUGGUCAUUUAAAAUGGCAAUGGUUAGAUUAUUAAUGAGCUUGGCUACCAUAGCCAUGGUGUUUGGUUUCGCUAUAGCUGCAAAUCAUACAGUAGGAGCUCCUAAUGGUGGAUGGAAUCAGAACACUGAUCUUAAAACAUGGGCUGCAUCCGAAACAUUCGUAGUUGGUGAUAGUUUGGUUUUUACGUAUACUCCAAACCAUGAUGUCCUUGAAGUUAACAAAGCUGACUAUGAUUCAUGCCAAACAACAAAUGCAAUAUCAACAAAUGGUGGAGGGAUGACUGUCAUAUCUCUAUCUUCUACAGGCAAAAGAUACUUCAUUUGUGGCACUGGUGGACAUUGUGCCUCAGGAAUGAAACUUGAAGUCAACACACUUGCCACAGUUCCUCCACCAAUAGUAGCCCCUGCCAUUUCCCCUGCUAAGUCCCCCGUCUCUGCACCAUCGCCAAAAAAUGCACCUAAAGUCUCCCCGGUUUCAUCACCAUCUCCUAAAUCUUCCGCGCCAUCACCAAAGAUUGCACCUAAAAUUUCCCCUGCGAAAUCCCCUGUUGCUAGUAGUCCAUCACCAAUAACUGUUGAGGCUCCUACACUGCCUCCUCCUGCUGAUGUUGUGCCAACAGCAUCUCCAACUUCACCAUCUCAACCAUCAUCUGCUGAUAAAAUAAGUGUUGUCGCUAGUUCCAGCGUUGGAUUUGGCAUUGUCGCUAUGAUAUUCUUUAUGUAAUUCAUUGAUUCUUUUCUUGUUUGAAUUUCUUUUCAAUUUUAUUUUGUAUUUGAUUUUAUUCAAUCGUGGAUAUCUUGCUCCAGAUGUUCUUGUUCAAACUGUCUAACUUUUGAUGAGGUCUGUACACAAAUAACAAGUCGGAUUCACCGCUUAGCUACUAGUUCAUCAUCAACAACUGUUCAGGCUCCGGCGUUGUCUCCUUCUAGUGUUUUUGUACCAAUAAUCUGAAUUUAUGUCAUAUUCAGUCUCCUAUUGAAGGAAUUAAGAGCAUGGCCUGAACAAUAAGAAUCGAGGCAAA